GUCUUGUUUCCCUGGAUUGGUUAUGGUAGCUGCUCUCGAAGGAAACAAGAAGGAACUAAAGGGGAUCACGCUUACUCAGGGCUCAGAUAAACUCUUUUCAGUCAGUAGUGAUGGUACAUUGCGUAUUUGGGACUGCAAUUCUGGUGCAUGCAAACACUGUUGCAAACGGAAUGCUUUUUCUGGAACAAGUUAUGGUAGUAUAUUAGUAUGGAAAGCUACAGACUCUGAGUCUGAUCCAUUCAAAUACUUGACAUCUCUCCAGGGACGACAUCAUAGUGGUGAAGUCACUUGUUUUAUUGUUGGAGGGCAACUACUAUACUCUGGUUAUGUCGAUAGAACAAUAAAGGUGUGGGAUCUCAACACCCUGCAAUGUAUAAUGACCCUGAAGCAACAUACCGGCACUGUCACAUCAUUCUUAUGUUGGGACAAAUGUCUGAUAUCGUCUUCCUUGGAUGGGACCAUAAAAGUUUCGGCUUGUUCUGAAAAUGGAAGCUUGAAUGUUGUUCAAACUCGCAAAGAGGAACAGAGUGUUCAUGCUCUUUGUGGGAUGCACGAUGCAGAGGCCAAACCGAUCAUAUUCUGCUCUUACCAAAACAGAACGGUUGCCAUUUUCGACCUACCAUCUUUUAAAGAAAGAGGAAAGAUGUUCUCUACGCACACGAUCGGCACACUUACAAUUGGUCCUGAAGGAUUGCUAUUCAGUGGAGACAAGAGUGGGAACUUGUGUGUAUUAACACUUCUUCACACUUCAAACCUCAAGUUCGAUGCCCACUUCAACAAAACUUCCUCCCCAAGAAAACUUCCAAAGAAAACCCUGAGAGAUUUAUACCAAACAGAUCAGCCAUGGUCAGAAUCUGGACAGCAUUUAGCAAGUGGUGGCAAUGACAAUGUUGUUAACGUAUGGGACUGUUCUACGGGGCGGUCUUUGCAUAGGUUUGAGGAACACACAUCUGCGGUUAAAGCUCUGGCUUGGUGCCCUUUUCAAUCAGGUUUACUUGCAACUGGUGGUGGUGGAGAAGAUAGGACGAUAAAGUUCUGGAAUACUCGAACAGGAGCUUGCUUGAAUUCGGUAGACACUGGCUCACAAGUUUGUUCUUUGAUAUGGAGCAACAAGGAAAGAGAGUUGCUUAGCUCACAUGGGUUUACUCAGAACCAGCUUACACUUUGGAAGUACCCAUCCAUGGUGAAAAUGGCUGAGCUCAAUGGUCAUACAUCACGCGUUCUAUAUAUGUCACAGAGUCCGGAUGGUUGUACUGUAGCUUCAGCAGCAGGAGACGAGACUCUGAGGCUUUGGAAUGUUUUUGGAAUACCAGAGGAUGCUAAAAAAGCUGCUCCAAAAGCAGUUCCCCAACCAUUUUCUAAUGUAAAUCGUAUUCGUUGAAACUGUUGUGAAGCCAUUGUAUUUGUAUGUGCUAUUUUCUAAUGUUUAUUUUUCUAGGAUUCAUUCUUCAUCAACUGUAUUGAUUAUCCAAGUGCAUAUUGAUUGUAUUUAUCUAAUAUAUAAUUUUUUUGUUUUUUACAUGUCAGAUGAUACAACACACUUUCUAAUAUAAGCCAGUUUUAUAA